AUGAAUAGCCGCGGUAAAUAUUUGGUUAAUUUAAUUAAAAAAGACGAACAACGCCAGCGUAGUGAAACCACGCCCAACGAAAAAAAUGACGAUCGUCCGGAAUCCCCUGCAUACUACAAGGAUUAUACAGAGGAAGAAUGGAGGAUAUUGAAUGAUAUUUAUGAAGAUGUUUUUCCAACAUCACAAAUAGAAUCAGAUGAUGACGAGACUAAUGAUAUCCAGGCAAAUGACUCCAACAGCGUUAUACUUGCCAGCGAAGAAUGCACACCAGUGCCAUCACCCAACUCUAGACAAGACUUUACCUUGGGGUCAUCACCAACGAAUGACCCAGUUAAUACGCUAAAUAAAGACGACGAAGAAGGGAUACCAACACCAUUACCCUCUUCCGAACAAGAAAAUAACUUCGGGUCACCACCAACUGAUAACCCUGUUACUACUCUAAAUAAAGAAAAUGCGCCGAUUGCACUUUUUUCCGAACAAAACGACCUCAGUGCAACAACGCCACCAGUACCGGAAGACCAUAACAUACCAAGCAUAAAUUCACUAAUUUCGACAUCUGAUAAUGACAAUCCUUCUACUCCUAAUUCAUCCACUACGCGCAAACGCAAACCAACUUACAAAACCGAUCCUGGUCAUUAUCGACAAAGAAGAACUCAUGAAGACAAAGACGGGAAAUGCUACGCAAUCAUGGACUUUUCAAGUGACGAUUCAGUGGAUGACCCGGAUUACGAACCUAUAGUUCACUUUAGUCAAUAUCAUUUUGAUAGUCCUAGUUCAGAAGAUGAUAGUUCUGAUAAUAUCCCUUUAGCCCAGUUGAGGAUGCUUUAG